UGUUAAUCCAGUGGUGCAAUGGUGACUUGUAAGAUUCUUUUUCCACCACAAUACUGUUCUCUAACUCCUAUGUGGUCUCUGCAACUGGAUAUAAUUUGAGCUCAGGCCCAGAUCUAGGAACAACCCAAUUACAGAAGGAGUGUGUAACAGCAACAAAGACUUUUCUUUCCUGUUUUAUUUUACUGUGUUGAACUCUGGUCAAAAUCAUAAUCAAAAGAAGAUUUUUUUUGUGAGUUUAGCUGAAUCAAGCAUACAAAGUUACAGAUUGGGGAAAAAUCCUUUGUAGUACAGAUCAAGUAUUUAACUUCUCACUUAAUUUCAUAGGACAUUCUUGUUGUUUGUUUGUUUUUAAUUCACUUUAAAUCAUUUUUUAAUUCUUCACCCCAUCCAGAUCAAGCAUUUCUUGUGGCAGAUGGAUUCAUCGUGUCAUUUGAUGGACGAGUGUUAAAAAUACCACAUUCCUGUGACCUUGUAUUAGCUGCUGCUGUCACCAAGAACACGUUUGCCAUCACUUUAAAAUCUGACUGGACAGAAAAACAUCAUUCCCUCAUGGUUCAGCUGCAAAACACCACUGUAAUGGUCAGUUCAAAAGAGCAGAUGGAAGUGGAUUGCUGUAGCGUACAGACACCCUUCAUUAAUCCUGAUGUGACUGUGACCAGAGAGCUGAACCUACUUACAGUGUCAAAUAGAAGAGGAUUAUUGGUGUCAUGUGAGCCCUCUCUAAGCAUGUGCAGUGUAACGCUAGAUGGAUGGCUGCACGGUAUAUCCAGUGGACUUCUAGGAACCAAUGAUAACGAGGUGGGAAAUGACUAUUUGCUGCCAAAUGGCUCUCAGGCCCGCAGUGAGGACGAUUUUAUGCAAGGAUGGAAUGUGGGUUCUAUCUGUGUGAGUGUGGAAUCUGAGUCCUGUGCAAACCAAACGGCAGCAAAUCUGUCCUGUUCACUUUUCUUCUCCUCUACAAUGUCUCCUCUCAGCUCCUGCUUCAGAGUGGCAAGUAGACACACCCCAGAAAAUCCCUCAUGA